GCUUCCAAGGUCCAACCUACUUGGUUGAAAUCCGACACUGACAGAGAGUCCCUGGGAGCUGCUGCGGUUCGCUCAAGCGGGAACCAGGAAAUGCGCAAAGCUCUUUAUGUCUGAAAACCAGCUGGCCUCCCUGGGAGACACAUCCGCCAUGGGGAACAGGCUGUGCUGUGGGGGAAGCUGGAGCUGCCCAUCAACCUUCCAGAAGAAAAACAAAACAGAGAGCCAAGCAAGACCCACAUUGAGCAUACUGAAGCAGCAACAGCUACUACAGAAUGGCACAAAGGGCUAUGAAACAACAGCACCAAUGUAUGAGCAAGUGUUACAGCCGCCUGUAUCUCAAGAGAAAAGCUCAGACUCCACACCGGAGGAGAACAACUUGCAUUACGCCGACAUUCAUGUGCUCAGCCAAAUGCAGCCAUCCUCUCGGAAGAAGGUGAAACACCUGCACUCGGAAGCUGCUACCGAGUACGCCACCCUUCGCUUCCCCCAGGUCACACCUCGUUAUGACCGCAACAGUGGAACCCUGGUGUGAGACAUUGGGAGGAAGCGCCGGGUUCCGUGACGCUACUAUCCUGUGAGAACAAUCUACUGUGUUUGAGAAGAGGGAUGGUGACCACGUGGUAAUCCAAAGGAACACCAGAACAUCGGGAGUUGAGUCCCCCUACUCUCUCCACUAUGACUCUUUUGGUUUGCCACUGUUAACAUCAUGGAGUUAUGGGUGAGCUGAA